AACUAUAAUGAAAAUGAAACUUAGUAAUAUCAAUGUUAUAUGCAGAUUGGUUAUACAAUCCUUUGCCAACCGAAAACCAUAUUCAAGUAUAUGUAAACAGUCUAGAUUUCAUAAUCAGACAUCCCGCUCAUACUGUGAGUCGCAGUGUUCCGAUACUAUAUUUGCAUUGUCAUCUGGUCAUGGGAAAUGUGGCGUGGCAGUUAUCCGAGUGUCGGGACCAAGGUCUGCCAGUUCUCUUAAAAUGAUUUGCGAAACAGAAAGACUACCGAAGCCUAGAUUUGCUCAUCUCAAGAAAUUAUUCAACCCUGUUACUGUUGAACCUAUAGACAAAGGACUUGUGAUUUGGUUUCCAGGUCCAGACAGUUUUACUGGUGAGGACUGUACAGAGUAUCAUGUCCAUGGAGGUCCAGCUGUGGUCACGGAGAUGGCUAAAGUCCUAGGUAGUUUAGAUGGUGUCCGACCUGCAGAAGCAGGAGAGUUCACUAAACGAGCUUUUUCCAAUGGUAAACUUGACCUGACAGAAGUGGAGGGAUUAGGAGAUUUGAUUCACGCUGAAACAGAAGCUCAGAGAAAACAAGCUCUCCGACAAAUGGACGGGGAGCUUAGUAAGCUGUACACAACAUGGAGAAAACAGAUUAUAAAGCACACUGCCAGUGUAGAGGCCUACAUAGAUUUUGCUGAGGAAGACAAUAUAGAAGAUGAUGUACUUGAUCAAGUAAAUAUUGGUGUUGAACAACUUUUAACAGAGCUAGAAAAUCACUUGAAGGAUAAGCGUCAGGGCGAGAUUUUACGGUCUGGGGUACAAGUGGCCAUUGUGGGUGAACCAAAUGUGGGGAAGAGUAGUCUUCUCAACUCAGUUUGCCAGCGACCUGCCGCCAUUGUGUCUCCACUAGCAGGUACCACAAGAGAUGUAGUGGAGACAGGAGUGAACAUCGGAGGGUAUCCAGUCCUUCUUAGUGAUACAGCAGGUCUGAGGGAGACGCACGACACUGUCGAAAAGGAAGGGGUCAGAAGGGCCCUCAACAGGGCUCAACAGGCUGAUAUAAAAGUUUUAAUGAUGGAUUGUGACUCUACUCAACAUAUUGGAAAAGAAAUCUCAUAUUUUAUCCUUCAACAUAUCAAUGACCUUGGGAUAUCAUUAAAAUCUGAGGAUGACCUUCAGAAUACAAACAGUUCUGUGGAUGAACAUGAUGUUACAGACAAACAAUAUUUAUUUGAAAAUUAUAUUUUGGUGUUCAACAAAAUAGAUAAGCUUGCAAAAGAUGACUUCAUCAAGCUGAAGGCAGUCACACACCAGUGUGAUAUUACAUCUUGCAUGAUUUCCUGUGAGAGUGGAGAGGGAAUGGAUGAAUUUGUGACUUUACUGAAGACAAAAGUGGCUCAAAUAUGUGGUAAUCCCCUUGCUGGCUCUCCAAGUUUGACCCAGACGCGUCACAGACAGCACAUUCAGGCAUGUAUAGGUCACCUCAAGCAGUAUCAGGAACACUGUGGGGAUGUGGUCAUUGCUGCAUACAGUCUACAAAAUGCUGCAAGAGAAAUUGGCAAGAUCACAGGGAAAAUAACCUCAGAGGACAUAUUAGAUGUGAUAUUUAGAGACUUCUGCAUAGGAAAGUGAUGCAUAAUUAAAAGUUAAUCACUUAU